AUGGCGACUGCACGUUUGAAUUUUGAGCGUUACGAACGGUCAGCGUUGGUGCAGGUGCAUGCACAUUCCGCCUUCAUUUUCAAUUGCUAUCACAAAAAAGUGCGUUGAAGUGGUAAUUAUCGUGAUUAUUAUUGAACCGACGUGAGUGAAGUUCGCAGUGAGAUCGAGAGGAUGGAUAAUUUUAUGAAGGUCGAGAAAAUUGGAGAAGGUACAUAUGGCGUCGUAUACAAAGGAAAACAUAAGAAAACUGGGGAAAUUGUCGCCAUGAAGAAGAUUCGACUAGAGAGCGACGAUGAGGGAAUACCCUCGACAGCUAUUCGUGAAAUUUCGUUACUAAAGGAGUUGAAGCAUCCCAACAUCGUGGGAUUGAUUGAUGUACUGAUGGAAGAGUCCAGGCUGUAUCUCAUUUUCGAGUAUCUCACGAUGGAUCUUAAGAAAUACAUGGACACUUUGGGGAGUGGAAAGUUAAUGCCUGCUGAGACUGUCAAAUCGUAUUUGUAUCAGAUCACACGAGCUGUAUUGUUUUGUCACACACGACGAGUUCUUCAUCGUGACUUGAAACCGCAGAACUUACUGAUUGAUGAGCGCGGUUGCAUUAAAGUCGCUGAUUUUGGCCUUGGGAGGGCUUUUGGCAUUCCAGUGAGAGUUUACACACACGAGGUUGUCACAUUAUGGUACAGGGCCCCAGAAAUUCUUCUUGGCACCACCAGAUAUACAUGUGCUAUUGAUGUUUGGAGUAUAGGGUGUAUCUUCGCUGAAAUGGCAACGAGGAAGCCACUGUUCCAGGGGGACAGUGAAAUUGAUCAGUUGUUCAGAAUCUUUCGUGUCUUGAAGACACCAACUGAGGAAAAUUGGCCUGGUGUCACUCAACUUGCUGAUUACAAAGCCACAUUCCCAAAUUGGACAACUAAUCAUUUAGCGACCCAGGUGAAGCCACUCAAUGAAAAGGGGCUCGAUCUUCUUCAAGCAAUGCUCAUCUACAACCCAGAGAAACGCAUAUCAGCACGAGCUGCACUCGAGCAUCCAUACUUUGACGAUCUCGAUCACAAGAAACUGCCUCCAACGUGAUAAUUAUGGGAAAUAUCCAGUGGUUUUGAAUUCUCUGGGAUCACUCUAUCUUAUUUGUCCACGAGAAUAUCUCUGUCGUUUUUUACUUCCACACUUAUUUCGAUCUUGAAAUGUACUCGUUUAGUUAUCGAAUUUGAUUCCAUGUUCACGUCGAUGUAAACUCUAUGUUUAUCCUUCUUUUUCGUUCGUUUUAUUAUAAUUUAACUCAUUUGCACGUUAUCCAUUUUUUUACCUCAUAGGAUUAUUUAUCGGAUUCAGUCGAGUGGUUUUGACCAGUUGCUGUCGAAUUUCAGUGGUUAUCUGGAGUUUUUUUUAAUGAACAAUUCGUCGUUAUAAUUUUUUCGGCGUAUAAAUUGCUCAUUCAUUUCAACGAUUAUCAUGCUCGCAGGCGGAUUCUUCCCAUGGACUUGUAAAUAUUUUUGGUGGAAAUAUCAGGAAAAUUAUCUCAUCGAAACAAUGAAAUCGUACAAAUGUUAUUUUUUUUUUUACAUGUGACAAGUUGAUUGAAGAAUGGGGAACAGAAGGCUUGAAGAAUAAAGAGAAAUGAUGUAAUUUUUUCA